AUGAACAACGACGCACAGUCUAAUGAUCUCGAUGAUCACAUGCUGACACAGCACAACCAGGACAACUUCCAGGUCGCUCAAGCAGUCUCGGUCGCAGGGAACGAGGUCAAGGGUGGCCAUCACCAUACAUCAGACCUCGACACUCACACACCAUCCGACCUACCGUUGACCUUUCCGACUCUUUGCCCUGACGGCUGUGUCGAGGACAUAUCCACGCUGGCCACGACGAUAGCUUACACCACGCCUCCAGCUGCGUUAAGCUCGCUUGGAGCUAGAGCCAGCAUGGCUCAGCAAGAUACCAUGUCGGAAUCCGCUUCCUCCUUUGCCGACUCCCAGUAUGAUAUGGUCGAUGACCUGUCCGAGAUCUCCAACGAUGAUGGCGACACUGCAUCACUCGCUUCCACAGACGAGGGGUCGAACGGACGUGGUAUGAAUACUCCAGAAGAGCAAGAUGGGGAGCUAGAGGACUCGACCGAGGAUACCAUAUCUGGCCCAACCGUCGUGCUCCCAUCGAGCAGCGGGAUUCUUCCCGCACACGACCAAGAUAAUGAGCUGCUCGAUAGCUAUAUGACCGGCGAUCUCGAGACUCCGACACAGUCGACGGUGACAGAUUUCAGGUCCAACCCCCACACUGCUCACUCGAAGCUUCAUCUGUCAAGAUCAGCAACUCGCGUGCUUUUCGUCUCCAGCCGUGACGUGCCUGAAGCAGAGAAGACCCAGAUCUGUGCCAAGGUUACUUCAGCGUUGGCUGGCUCAAAAGAUGCAUCAAAGUGCCGUGCCACGAUCCUGCCACUCACACCUACUGGCAUCGCUCCGUCGCCAUUCAUCUCUUAUCACGAUGGUGGCGUCACAAUCGAGGUUAUGCACUGUGUCGGUGCCGAGGCUGUGGACCAGACGCUACCCAAUGGUAACAAGCCGUACAAGCUGCAAAUCCUGGAUGCGGAUGGCGAGCACAGCUCCAUCUACAUUUUCGACGAUGGUCUCAAGCCCAAGCUUGGAAUGCCACAGUUGACCAUCAUCUAUGACGCACCCUCUGCAUCCGGCUCCGAGUGGCUCACCACUGCUGAGGAAGCGAUCAAAAGCAUGAAGCUUCCAACUCUGGUCGUGCGCGACUCUCCUAUUUCCGCAGCUCUCGCUCACUGGAGCAUGCACACCAACGAGCUCCUGGACGCCGAUAAUCAGGUCCUUCGCACCGAUCUGAAGUGCCUGAUGAACCGCGAUCCGAUCUUCAAACCCUCGUUCGCCACAGAUCAGCCUAAGGGGCCAAUGUCAGCGCAGAAAACACGAGACUCGAGCACGUGGUCGUCGGUCUUCCGGUCUGUGUCCUGGAAGUCAGUGCUCUUUUCUCUCGGCACAGUGCUCGUCAGUUUACUCCUGCCCGUCCUCCUUGCUCGACUACUGCACACCGAUGAGAUUGCCGACGCAAUCAUCCGCCGCGAAGCCCUGUCGUCACGUCUCACAAGCUUGGUUGACGGCGCGGAGCCUGCCAAGUUGGUCAAUGCUUCGUACCUCGUACCGCAACCCAGCGUCACUGGAUAUGACUGGGCCGGCUGCAAGAAGUAUAUAAUUCAAGACAAUAUCCGCUUCGAAGUCCUCCAACCUAACCACAUCAUCGUUUCGCUUCCUCCGAUCCACGAUCGACUCGGGAAGAAACUGUUCCGUGUUUUCGGUGACAGGAAUGGUGCUCAGGUCAAGGUGAACGCCACUGAGCUUGUCAAGAACGUCUACGAUCUGGCCAUUCCAAUGGAUGACGCUCAUGGCGCGAUCACUUUUGGUGGUUUGCUGCCCAGAGGUGGCCAAAUGCUCAUUGAGCACAACUUCGGCAAUCGGAUGCUUCAACGUCAGACAUACCAGAAGGCACGUACAGACCUCAGCAACUCUGUCAAUAAGGAGUUGACUGUCGCUCGCGAUACUGCCAAGGUCAUUCGUGAGAAGCUUGGGCUUGAGGUAGGUGCUGGGGCGGCAGCAACGAGGAAUAUCACCAAAGAGGUCGCCGUCCAGAUGACUCGUGAUCUUCAAAUCUUUGCCAAUGCUGCCGCCUCUGCGAUUAGCAAAAUGGACAAGGUCAUCAACAGCACUGCCACCGUCAUGAUCAAGGAUCUUGCUCUUAUGAAGAAGGACCUCGUGAGAUUCACCGAUGGCAUUCGUAAGACGUUAGCCUUGGCAAAGAAAUCUGCUACCGACAGUCUGCCGACGAAGAAGACCGUCACGGAACCGCUGAAGCUGUCUCGUGAGCGUGCGCUGAGCUUCAAGGAGAAGUUGCUCCGUAGAAAGGCGAAGAAGUUUGGUGGCGCAGCGUCAAAUGGCGAAGAGCUUGCGGUGCGUGUUAAGGACUGGAUGACUUCGCUUGUGUCCAAGAAGAGUACGAAGUCCUUGUCUGUGAUGCCCGAGAAGGGUAUAAGCUCUCAAGGGAAGGCUUCAGAGAGGCCGAAGAGGACUCGUGACGGCUUCGACGGCGCCAAGGAGGCCGAGCUUGUUCGGAAGAUGCGUGACAGAAUCAAGGCGAAGAAACAGGGCGGAGAAGUGUCGAACAAGAAGAUGGUGGACGUGGUCAUGCAACUUCGUGAGCAGGCUGGUCAGCAGGCACAGCAGGGCUAG